CUAGAGUCGGGACACAUCGAGAAUCGAGAUUGGAUAAUGCUGCGAGAAGCUUUUUCCCAUUUACUUUUACCGAAACCGCUACCAUACACAGAAUCUGAUGCGGUACUGACCUGAGACAGACCUUAAAGGAUAAAAUGGAGAAAGAAGGAGAAGAAAUGCCCGCUGAAUCUGGAGAGAAUUUUGAUGUUCAUGAUGAGAAUACAGGAAACAUUGAUCAUGUCAGGGACAGACAGGAACCAGACAAUGCUUCAGAGGUUGUGAUUGAUCAGGCCAGCAGCAGUGGGCUGCAAGCAGACAGUGCAGACGAAGCCCAGAUGGGGCCGACCCCGCCCCCACCCAAGAGAACGACCAGCCAGGCUGGGAGGUCAGAGUUCAGGUCAAGAGGUCCAUCAGAGACGGAGGCAGGGGCCAGUGAUGAAGACGGUGAUAGGAGUAUUGUGAAGGGACCAAGGUUACCAGGAGUCAACUGUCCAGAGAAAAUAAUUAUCUGUUUAGACCUUGCAAGUGAAGUCAACAGAGUGCCUUUUCUACAGAGAGAUGGGACGAAACAUCUACCCAUUGAGCUGGUAAAACGGGCUCUGAGUAUGUUUAUACGAACCAAGAGUAACAUCAACCCCAGACACCAAUUCGCAUUGGUGGUGCUACAGGAGAGUGCAGUAUGGCUGCAAGACUUCACGUCCGAUGUGGAGGAAUUUCUCAACGUGAUGUUUGAUCUGACCAGUGAGACGCGGGAUUGUGAGUCAUGUGACCUGACGUCAUUGUUUGAAACCAUUGUACAUAAAGUAGAAUUGCCAGUGAUUGAAGACAUCGAGGUGUUGCCUCCUCCUUACAUCGUCAGAACGCUGUUUUUCUACGGAAGGUCAGCUCUCAUACCCGAGUUUGACAACGGCCGAGAGGCUCAAGUAGCGCUAUCCGCCUCACCGUAUUUCUUCUUUGAUGUGUUUUAUCUUCAUGAACCACCGUCCGAAGAAAACUGCUGCAAGGAUAUCUAUGAUGUUUUCCUGGACCUUGACAAGAACAAUACAUCCUACAUCCAUGAGGUCGGACGAAACACAACCAAUCUUUACAACAGGAUGGCAUCGCUGGUGGCUCACCCGCUGCAGAGACCUGAACAAGUGUUUGCUUUGUACUCCCUGGACACCGACAAAUGAGAAAGACGUUUGGCAGCAUGGUGUCUAUAAAGGAUUGAACCUGUUGCUUCCACCAUGGAUCAUCAGUUGGUGUUUAUCAGAUAUUCACAGGACAUGGAACAAUGAUAAGACCUUUGGCAGAAUGUUGUCCAAGGAUUGAACUGGAUGCUUUUAUCAGGGAUCAUCAGUUGGUGUUCACCGGAUAUUCACAGGACAUGGAACAAUGAUAAGACCUUUGGCAGCAUGGUGUCCAAGGAUUGAACCUGUUGCUUCCGCCAUGGAUCAUCAGUUGGUGUUCAUCAGAUAUUCACAGGACAUGGAACAAUGAUAAGACCUUUGGCAGCAUGUUGUC